AUGGACGACGAAGUUAUUUUAUUCUGUAACCCCCCAAUCGGCUUACAUCCAAUUGUUAGCAGAUGGUGGUCUCUAUCAAAUGUCGUCAUGAAUACAGUAACCCUCGUGCUUUUCAUCUUUCUCAUUGCAAUUUUCCAUCAUAGAGGACGAAAAGAAAGAAGUGACACCCGAAAACUCAUGAAACGAUUAAAAGUUUCCGUGGUGGUCUUCGUUUUCUCGUGGUACAUGUGCACUCUCGGUGUCGAUAUGUUUGCUGCUUUAGGAUUCACUGGCUCCGCUUUGGCCAUCUUUCAAAGUAACAUGGUAUUCUUCGCACUUCUAUGCUACACACAACCAUUCUAUGUUAUCAUGUGGAGAUCUUCUGAAUAUCGGAUGGCUUUUGUAGAGUUCUGGAGUUACUUCAGUUGGUUCAAAGAAUCGGGAACACGGAAGUGGCUGGAGAGAUCUGCAAAGGUUCAUACGGCAGCGUCCACUUAUGAUUGUUCAAAAACUUGA